CGUCGAAAACUUAAACAGAUCGUAUAAAUUCCGGGCCCACCGUCCAGCGCGGCAUAGUCAGCGCAAUGACACUCAGCUCGACGGUAGUUUGUCUCCUCGCCGGACUCUUUCUGAUCGGUCUGGUGCAGCGGGGAGCGGGCGCUCGCCUCCAGCAGCAGCAGAGCGCGGCUUCCUAUCCAGCAGCCGGCUUUAAGCCAGGUAGACAGUUUGACCUGCCGGCGGGCCACUCGAAACCCGCGCGACUGGUGGCCAACAGCGAGGCGCAGGAGGAUCUCGACGACGCCGUGGAGGAGGUGGAGAUGACACAGUCCAGGGCUCCGCCUGUUCCACGUCCAGUUCCCGAUCCAGUGCCGAAGAUCCCGGUGAUUCCAACCAUCGCAUACUAUCCGGCAGGAGCCGUGGGAUUCGUCCGGCCAGCGGAAUUUGCAAAAAUCAUCAGUGGCCCCCAACAGUCUGCCGGCUUUGCAGCCACGACCCAGUACUAUGCCGCCUACUUUGGCUAGAGCUACACAGAAAAAAAGCCAUUUGACAUAAGAAACAUGUAAAGCACUAUAUGUAAACCGUUAGCACAUUUUAUCCGUUUUUAAGCUUGUUAUAUUAAAUUAGUGCCAGUACUACCCAAGAAAGGUUCCACCACUGUAAUCUUAAGAGGUGUUUUUGCCUCCAGAUCCUCGUCUGCGCUGCACGCACGAUAUCGGCAGACCAACUGGGCCUAAGUAAUAUAGUACUGGAGUGCUCAAGGGCGAAGCGUUUAAGGAAAGGCAAUCCAACUAGCCACCAAGCCCAUGUUACAAGAACUGGAAUGCAUGUGCGCGCAAUCGUUGGCAAGAAAACUUUUUUUCUAUAUGACAACAAAAUAAAAUGUAUUUUCCCUCUAGUUGAUUAGA